GGUAGAGUAACGAACUGUGAAGUGGAAGGUGAUGAGCUGCAAGCGGGGUGUAACCAGGUCAUGAAGAGACUUGCCGAUAAUCAUGGUCCACAUCUUGUCCUCCAGUCAUCCUUCCAACUCCAAGAUACCCCAGACGUCAAUCUCUUCCACCUCACCUACAUCAAACAUCCCUGAUACUCAUGACUGUGGACUUCUGGCAAGCCUCCAAAUGGGACACUCCCUCCAGGGGAAAAAAAAAUUCCCUGAGUUGCCACGGCAGACGGCUUCUGAGAUUCAGUGUUGGACCAGCAGAACACUGACCAGGAGGACAUGGCUGAUAAUGGAGAGCUUUCAAAAUUUGAGCAGGAGGCGCUGGAUGCUCACAACGAGUACAGAAAGCUCCACGCGACCCCCCCUCUGACUUACAACAAGGAGAUGUUAGGUGACUGCCAGGCCUGGGCUGACCAAUUGGCCCCCCGGGGUGAAAUGGAGCACAGUGACACCAAGAACGGAGAAAACAUCUGGUACAAGUGGAGCUCUGGAGCGAUGGAGUUCACAGGCAAGGAUCCAGUAGAAGCAUGGUAUGAAGAAAUUAAAGAUUAUGACUACAACAAUCCUGGCUUUUCCAGUGAAACCGGGCACUUUACACAGCUGCUCUGGAAGGACACCACAGAAAUGGCAAUUGCUUACUCGGUGAGUGGGCAGACAGCGAUAGCAGUGGCACAUUACUCCCCGGCCGGAAACAUCACCAACGAGGGGUAUUUUGAGAAAAACGUUCUGCCCCUUGCAGCCCCUCCUGAGGCAACAGCAGAGCCUGCAGCCGAGAACGUGACAGCAGACGCGGAACCCGAGCCAGAAGCACCUGCCGCAGAACCUGAGGAAGUUUCACCGGCCGAGACACAACCUGAAGAGCCCGUGCCAGAGCCCCAAGCCAUACCAGAGGCGGAGAAUGCAGAAGAAAAAGACGAAGAGCCUGAAGCAGUCCUCAAGACCCCGAAGACAACACCUGUUGCCACACCCCUGUCCGAGGCCGCGCCAGAGGAAAAGGAAUUGGAAGCUCCGGCAGCUGCGGCAGAUAAUGAAAUGAGCACGUUUGAGUCAGAAGCUUUGGAGGCUCACAAUCAUUACAGAGUGAUGCACGACGCGCCUGCGCUUCAAUACAGUUUUGAACUACGGCAAGAAUGCAAGAGGUGGGCGGAAUACCUGGCAUCCAUGGGUGUGGCAGAGGACAGCAAGACCAAGAAUGGCGAGAACAUCUGGACCACACCCAGCACCACGGCAGAAAUUUCAGGCAAAGACCCUGUGACUGCGUGGUACAACGAAAUCAAUAAUUACAACUUUAACAGUCCUGGUUACAGCACACUGACAUGUCGGUUUACCCAGAUGGUCUGGGUGGGAAGCAUACAGAUGGGCAUUGCUUAUGCAGUAGGUCCCAAGGAGAUAUUUGUGGUGGCCCAGUACAGCCCAGCUGGAAACAUCAUGGACCAGAACUCCUUCCAAACUAACGUGCGGCCAAAAGAUUCACUCUCUGUGGAUUCCAAGGAUAAAAGCGACACGAUUUCUCAACAAAUGGUCGACAAUGAGGCAGCAGUACUGACGCAGUUUGAGAAGGAGGUUCUGGAGUCUCACAACGUGUACAGAGCCCGACACAACACAGUGCCUCUGUCCUUCAGUGCGGAGCUGAGCAAGGACUGCAAGAUCUGGGCAAAGGCCCUUUCCCAGGACGGUGCCAUUGCACAGAGUCCCACCAACUUCGGCGAGAACAUCUGGUCCAACCCUAACAUCACAGAAGGAGAAAUUGCAGGGAACUUUGCCGUGGACAGCUGGUAUUCAGAAAUUAACAACUAUGACUUUGAGAAUCCUGGCCCAUCCAUGAAUACCGAACAUUUUACUCAGCUGAUCUGGCAGGAGACCACCGAGGUGGGGAUUGCGUAUGACGUGAGUGACAAAGGGGUUUUUGUGGUGGCUCAGUACAAGCCCCGUGGGAACACACCCGGUCCGGAAUCCUUUGCCAACAACGUUCUGCCACUGGAUGCCUCGUACAGUAUGCCCACGGCUGCACCAGCAUCUCCCGCUGCACCAAAGGAGGAAGCUCCAGCAGAAGCAGAGAAGCCAGCCACUGAGGAGGAACCUGCCAAGGAACCUGGAGCCAAGGAGGAACCAGCUGAGGAGAAGGCAGCUGCUCAGCCAGCGGCUGAAGAGAAACCAGCCGAGGAACAGCCUGUCGCCACAGCAGAAUCAGCCUCUCCAAAGGGAGAAAAGAAAAAAACACAUCGUCACUGUCCCAAGAAGAAAGAUCCAAAGCUGAAGAAGGCCGAGCGAAGCCCAUGCGAGUGCUGUUCUCCUGCCAGUCAUUUCACACAGUGUGUCUGGAGACACUCCAAACGGAUCAGGGUUGGCCAGGCAACUGAUGACAACAGACUAAUCAUCAUGGCUCAGAACAAACCAACUGGUAAAGAUUCUGGUAACUUUGCCUCGCAGUUGCUGAAAUCUGUGAAUGAAUACCGGAAGAAGCAUGGAGCAAAACCAUUAACCCUGAACCCAGUUAUCAGUGAAAAGGCUACUAAAUGGGCAAAACAUCUGGUAUCCUCCAGGACACUACAGCACAGCGACACAUCGCAUGGGGAGAAUAUCUGGUGUCAGCAGAGCACAGUCAGGCAGGAGGUGACAGGACAACAGGUUGCUGACUCGUGGUACAAUGAAAUUAAGAAUUAUGACUUCUGCUCUCCUGGAUUUCAGAAGAAUUGUGGUCAUUUCACACAGCUGGUUUGGAGAGAGUCCAAGGAGAUGGGGGUUGGCCUGGCAUCUGAUGGUAAAAGUCUCACUAUCGUGGUGGCUCAGUUUGACCCAGCGGGUAACAUCACCAAUCCGGGCUACUUUGCUAGAAAUGUCCUGCCCACUGGGAGCAAGGUGCAGGAGGAUGAGGGUCUGUCAGCCCCCCGAGAGAACGCAAGCAAACCUGACACAUCGAAGACAGGCUCAUUGGCACCUACGUCAGGUGAAGGUUCAGGAAAUUUUGCCAAACAGUUGCUGAAUUCCGCAAACAAGUAUCGGGUGAGCCAUGGAGCACAAGCUUUAACCCUGAACUCUCAAAUGAGCAGCGACGCAGAGAAAUGGGCAAAGCAUCUCGUCAACUCUAGAACACUAAAGCACAGUGACACACCACAUGGGGAGAACAUCUGGUGUCAGCAAGGCCCUGCAGGUUGCCAGGUCACAGGACAGGCAGUUGUUGAUUCCUGGUACAAUGAAAUUAAAGAUUAUGACUUCUCCUCCCCUGGAUUUCAAAAGAAUUGUGGCCAUUUCACACAGCUGGUAUGGCAAGAUUCCAAGGAGAUGGGGGUUGGCCUGGCAUCUGAUGGCAAAGGUUUCACUGUCGUGGUGGCUCAGUUCAACCCAGCUGGUAACAUCACCAAUCCGGGCUACUUUGCUAAAAACGUCCUGCCCACUGGGAGCAAGGUGCAGCAAGGUGGAUCAGCCCACAAAGAAAAAGUCCAGACAUCUGACACUCCAGAAAAAAGGAAAGCGGCACCAGUUUCAGGCAAUGAAAAGGAUGCUUUUAUUGCUGAGCUGCUUAAAGAGCACAACAGUUUACGAGCUCAACAUCAGUCACCACCGCUCCAGGUCAAUCCUGAACUGUCUAUACAAGCACAGAAAUGGGCAGAGCAUCUUGCCAAUAUCAAAACACUCAAGCACAGUGACACCCAAUAUGGAGAGAACCUCUGGUACAAAUGGAGCAGCAACAAAACACUACCAACAGGGAAAGAAGUGAGUGAAUCCUGGUACAAUGAAAUUAAGGACUACAACUUCGAAGCUCCAGGAUUUGGUAAUAAGACAGGACACUUCACCCAGCUGGUGUGGAAGGCAACAAAAGAGAUAGGGGCUGGACAAGCAACGGAUGGGAAAGGCACAUUCUUUGUGGUGGCAGUCUACAAGCCAGCAGGAAACAUCAGCAAUCCUGGCUAUUUCAAGGAAAAUGUGUUACCUCCCAGGAAAAAAUGAGCCAGGAGGAUGAAUAAGGGUGGCACUUGGCACACGUAGCUGCCCCAUACAAUGCACAAAUAAUAUCUUUUUGAAAUUUAAUUAAUGCUUUAAGUUGUACUUUUUUUCCAGAUUUGGGUGUUUUUAGUUCACAUAUUUUAAUAAUGAUAAGAUCCAAAGUUCAGUGAGUAAAUACGGAUACUUGUUCAACUCCAAUUUCCUUCUCCCUUCUGUUUUUGCUUGUGGUUUUUACUGCCUGGGUUUAAGGUAUGAAAUUGCAAAAUAUAUCUCUCUGCUGCUUUCUUUUAAGGUUGUCCUUGAAAUUAUCUGCAUUUCAUGAUAGUUCACCUUUUCUAAUUUCCCUAUGUGCUUCAGUAUCAAAUUGUUAACCCCUUUCACAAGAGCAAUAGGCUGUUUUAAUACAAUAAAAUCGCAGUAUACUAUACACCUCCAAGGUCUGAUCCCUCAAGUCUUCAUUGUGCUAGACUGGUAGAUUUUAGACUUGUAGAUUGCUGUUUUUAAUAGUAUUAAAUUGAAAAGGAAUGAGGGUCAGAACUGCUAAAUGUAGAUGGAGCUAGGGAACUGAACAUAAAUGAGUUUUAAGGGAAUAGUCCUGGGUGUCUCAAGUGGGAAAGAAAGCCCAGUGAGCCAUUAAGACUGCCGUUGGGAUUUGGAUAAUUAGUAUUUCACGGUAUGUCACUGAGAUGUUUGAAGCACAACCUAUAUUGUAAUCCUAGUCAAUACAGUGAGAAAAGUGUGAGUGAAUAAAAAUCAGGUUUGAUAUCACCAGCAUAUGUUGUGAAAUUUGUUAACUUUGCGGCAGCAGUACAAUGCAAUACUUGAUAUAGAAAGAAAAAAUAAAUCAACUACAGUAAAUAUAUAUACAUAUUAAAUAGUUAAAUUACAAAUAAUGCAAAAACUGAAAUAUUAAAAUGAGGUGGUGUCAUGGGUUCAAUGUCCAUUUAGGAAUCAUAUGGCAGAGGGGAAGAAACUGACCCCGAAUCACUGAAUGUGUGCCUCAGCCUUCUGUAUCUCCUUUCUGACAGUGACGAGAAGAGGGCACGUCCUAAAUGAUGGGGGAGCAAUCCCAUAUGCAGAGUGCAUACACAAUAAUUAAAGAAGAUAGUUUUAUUAACACAAUUUGUAUCAGAGUUUGGGCAGGGAAAUGUGUAGGAUUUUUCCUGCCAAUAUGUAUUUUGUAAAAAAAAGCUGGGAGUGGUCUAAGGGAAAGUUAUGUUAAUUUGUUUGCUGACUUGUUUCUCUUACUGGAGCUGAUUUCAUCACUCUUCACUUCCUUCUGAGCACUAGUGUUAAAUACUUUCCUACUGCUGUCAUGCUGUUUUUCCUUCAACCAGCCACCAAUGAAUAACACCCUUUGAAUGCAAAGGGACACAGACCUCCUUUGGGGCCUUUAUGAUGCACCAUAGCAACAGUGAGCUGAAGUAAACUGCAGAUUUUCCAAUCUUAAAGCCUUUCAUGAUGUUAGUGAGAUGUUUGGUAUUAGUAUGUGGAAACUCUCAUCCAUUUAUCCAUUGUAUUUCGUCGAUUGUUAAAAGUGACUGUUUUUAAUGCUGCUUUUAUUUUACAAAUGAUGCUCUCAGCUGCUGUAGUGAUUGUAGAGACGAUUAGAAUAAAGAAUCACUAGG